GGUGACGUGCUGCAGGGUGGCUUUCGGUUUUCUGCUUCCUCUCUCAGCCUUGCGUGCAUGUGUUCUCCUGGGCUGCGUGCCCCUCUUUGGGGGCCACAGAGCCCCCACAAAGCUUCCUUCAGUCACACAGGGAAUCAGGGGAGAGGCUGCUUUCCCCUGGGUGCGUUUUCGAGUUUCUCUUUUCCCAGGCGGCAGCAGCUGAGCUGCGUCACGGUCGAACAGCAGAACUGGACUCCCACCCUUGUUACAUGGGGUGGUGUAGCUGGUACUGGUGUAAUAUGGAUCACAGACUGGAAGCUGGUCCUUCAGUAUGUUCCCUACAUCGGUGGCAAGUUUAAAACUGAAGACUAAGCUUCCCUCUAAUGGAAAUUUAUUGCUGGAUAGAGUGUUUUGGAGCCAUCCAUCCGCUGAGACUCUGCUUUGAGGUGAACUUGAAAUGCCCAAUACAGAUUCUGCAACAAGUCACGGUGUCCCUCUCUCUCCCAUGAACAGUUGUGACCGCUUGGUUGUGAACAAAUUUAACUUCACUGACCAGCCUGCGUAGUACCCUUCCCCUGAUCACUGUCACAGCAGAGCUCGUCCCAAUGGGAGUAAUUUAUAAACCUGUUGAAUGAAAUAAAUGAAAUGAAUGAUG